AUGGCCAGUUCUCAGGAAUUGCUGACAUUCAGGUAUGUGGCCAUAGAAUUCUCUUAGGAGGAGUGGGGACACCUGACCCACACUCAGCGGCAACUGUAUAGGGAUGUGAUGUUGGAGAACUACGUACACCUCUGCUUCUUGGGUCUCACUGUGUCAAAGCCAGACCUGAUCACUUUUUUGGAGCAAGAGAAGCAGUUCUGGGAUAUGAAGAGAAAGGAGACCAUAGGCUUCCAUCCAGGUCUCCUUCUGUCAAAGCCAGACCUGAUCAUGUUUUUGGAGCAAGAGAAGCACCUCUGGGAUGUGAAGAGAAAGGAGACCAGAGGCUUCCAUUCAGGUCUCCUUCUGUCAAAGCCAGACCUGAUCAUGUUUUUGGAGCAAGAGAAGCAGCUCUGGGAUGUGAAGAGAAAGGAGACUGGAGGCUUCCAUCCAGCUGUAUCGUCACAUGACACCCAGAGUUUCCUGCUAAAGCGGAGUAUAGAAGGUUCUUUCCAGAAGGUAUCAAUGCACAGAUACAAACAUAGUGUUGUUGAGAUUUUACACUUACGCACAGACUGGGACAAUGAUGGGGAGAGAGAAGGGCAUCAAAGAAAUUCUGGGCGACACACCCAAACCAAGGCAAUUGCCCUUAAUGAGAAUCUCACUGCCCCAAAUGGUGAAGGAUAUAAACCACUGUGGAAAACCUUCCUUUUUAAGUCAACUGUUUCUGCAGAGCAGUGUGUUUCUGUCAGCACAAGCUCCAAUCAGAUAUUCAAACAUAGCUAUUUGUGGACAGACCAUUUGGCACAUCUGGAAAGUAACCUAGUCCAUGCUGAGAAUAAUGAUUUGAGCCAUUUGGAAGAUUGGACUGGCCUGACCUUAAAUCAGAGAUUUAGAAAUGAAGAACAAAGUGCUCAGUGGGAUCCAAUCGAGAGGGGCUUCACCGAGGAGUCGAUCCUCCAGAAUGACCAAAGGCUUUUCGCUGGAGACAGAUUUGCUCAAUGCACUGAAUCUCAGAAAACAUUGAACCAGGGCUCCAGUGUUCACCGAUGUGUCAGGGCUAGGUUUGCAGAGAACCAUUACGAAUGUGAUAAAUGUGGGCAAGGCUUUUAUCCAAGCUCUAACCUCAGUAUACUCCCUUCAGGAGACUGUCUUCAUAAAGGUAAUGAAUGUGGGAAAGCUUGUAACCAGUCCUCCAGUGUUGGUGAUCAUCAGAGAAUUCAUGAGGGAAAAAGCCCAUUCACAUCUAGUAAACCAGGGACCAUGUUUACUCAGUCACCAAGCCUAAACAUCAAUGAGAUAAUCCCUCAGGGAGAGGAAGCUUACAUCUUUAAGGAAUGUGGUAAAUCCUUUGACUGCCCCUCAACACUAUCUCAACAUCAGCGAAUGCAUACUGGAGAAAAAGUAUACAAAUGUGAAGAAGGUGGUCAAACCUUAAAGGACUGUUCAUCAAUAAAUGGUCACUUGCAGAUCUAUUCUGGAGAGAAACCUUACAAAUGUCAAGAAUGUGGCAAGGCUUUUAACGAUCACUCAAGUCUUAAUAGAGAUAAACGAAUUCAUAUUGCAGGGAAAAAUUACAACUGUAAUGAAUGUGCCAAAGCCUUUAAAUCAUUCUCAGAACUUACUCAACAUUGCAAAAUACAUUGUGGAAAAAAACCUUACCAGUGUCAAGAAUGUGGCAAGGCCUUUAAACAUCCUUCACACCUUACUCAACAUCACAGAAUUCAUACUGGAGAGAAACCUUACCAAUGUCAAGAAUGUGGGAAGGCCUUUAAUAUGCACUCUCACCUCACUCGACAUUGCAAAAUUCAUAGUAUAGAGAAACCCUAUAAAUACCAAGAAUGUGGCAAGUCCUUUAAUUUGAGCUCAGGGCUUACUGAACAUCAGGGAAUUCAUAAUGCCAAGAAAACUUAUGAAUGUCAAGAAUGUGGCAAGGCCUUUUAUGACAGGUCAACCCUUCCUCAACAUCACAGAAUUCAUACUGGAGAGAAACCAUACCAAUGUCAAGAAUGUGGCAAGGCCUUUAACCACAGCUCAAUCCUUACUCGACAUCACAGAAUUCAUAGUGGAGAUAAACCUUACCAAUGUCACGAAUGUGGCAAGAGCUUUAACCGGAGCUCAGCCCUUAUUCAACAUCACAGAAUUCAUAGUGGAGAGAUACCUUACAAAUGUCACGAAUGUGGCAAGGCCUUUAUCUGGAGGUCAAGUCUUACUGAGCAUUACAGAAUUCAUAGUGGAGAAAAACCUUACCAAUGUCAAGAAUGUGGCAAGGCCUUUAACUGCCUUUCACACCUUACUCGACAUCAUAGAAUUCAUACUGGAGAGAAACCUUACCAAUGUCAGGAAUGUGGCAAGGCCUUUAAUGUGCAUUCACACCUCAGUCAACAUAGCAGAACCCAUAACAGAAUGAAACACUAUAAAUACCAAGAAUGUGGCAAGGCCAUUAACUGGUGCUCAAGUCUUACUCAAAAUCAGGGAAUUCAUAAUGGAAAGAAAUCUUACCAAUGUCAAGAAUGUGGCAAGGCCUUUAACCACAGCUCAGACCUUACUCGACAUCACAGAAUUCAUACUGGAGAGAAACCUUACCAAUGUCAAGAAUGUGGCAAGGUCUUUAGCCACAGCUCAAGCCUUACUCAACAUUACAGAAUUCAUACUGGAGAGAAACCUUACCAAUGUCAAGAAUGUGGCAAGGCCUUUAUCCACAGCUCAACCCUUAUACGACAUCACAGAAUUCAUACUGGAGAGAAACCUUACCAGUGUCAGGAAUGUGGCAAGAGCUUUAACCGGAGCUCAGGCCUUAUUCGACAUCACAGAACUCAUACUGGAGAGAAACUAACAAGCCAUGAAUGUGGCAAGGCCUUUAAGGACAGCUUAGCCCUGACUUGCAUCACAGGACCCAUCCCGGAGAGAAACCUUACCAACGUCAAGAAUGGCAUUAGGCCUUUACAGGCAUUCCAUCCUCAUUAAACAUCAUAAUAUCCAUACUAGAUAGAAAGCUUACCAGUGUACAGAAUGUAAUAAGAGGGGCACCUGUGUAACUCAGUCAGUUAGGGCGCUCACUUGGGCUCAGGUUAUGAUCCCAGGGUCCCAGGAUUGAGCUCUGUAUCGGGCUCCCUGCUCAGCAGGCAGCAUGCUUCUCCCUCUCCCCCUGCCUGACCCUCCUCACUACUUGUGCUCUCUCUCCAUCUCUCUGUCAAAUAAGUAAAUAAAAUCUUUAAGAAAGAAAGAAAAAAAGAAUGUGAGAAAAAUCGGUUAAGGAGUGCUCACCCAUUCAUGCCUAUGAGAAUUCAUAUUGGACCAUAACCUCACAAAUAUAACCAGUGUGGCAAGGCCUUUAUCCAGCAUGCACGCCUUCUAAACAGAGAAUUCAUACUGGAAAGACACCGGAUGAAUAAUGUGGCCAAACCUCUAGCAGGCACACAACCCUUACUGCACAUCACAGAAUUCACCCUGCAGAGAAAAUUAUGGAUGUAAUGAAUGUGAGAGAGUGCCUAAGGACUGCUCCCUCCUCACUGCCUAUGAGAGAUUUUAUAUAGGAGAGUAAGUGUACAAAUACUAAGAAUGUGUCUGACCUCUCAGUGGGACUCCCAACUUUCUUCACAUCGUUGUUUUCAUACAGGAGUGAAAGUGUGAAAUGUAAAGAACAUGGCCAAGCCUGUAACUGGAAUUCAGUGCUUACUCAAUGUGUCAAAAUGCAUAGUAGAUUCAAACCCUUGGAACAUCGUGAAUGUGGAAAGAUUUUCAUUUUACUAUACAUUGGAGCACACACCAGGGGAGGCAUUAAGGAAAGUCAAUAGAAAAUUAGCAGUGUUUAGAAAACUAUUUAAUUGAACAUCACGUGCCAAUAAAUGUUAAAGAAAUCAAGCCAAUGGAAUACAUUAUUCACUCUAUUUAAACAUUACUCUCUAUGAAAAUAGUGAUUAUAAGGAAAAAUCGAACUUAAACACUUAGAAAAUGUAUGUGGUACUCUCAACAGAUUUAGUGGAUUGACUUUUUCAUAUAUAUAAGGAUUUCAGUAUUUUUAAAUUUUUUACAUUAACCCUAUUUGAGAUUUGUGACUAACUAUUAAUGUAUUUCCUCUGAAAUCACUCCAGAAAAUUCUUCCUUUCCUUGUGGGUGUGUAAGACCACGUGGUUGAUUGUUGCUACAUCAAAUUAGAUGUCCUGCUCCAUUAAGUGGGACUCGUGU